CGCUCACUUCCUUUACUUCCAGGAGCGUGGUGAAGAUGGCGGAGCAAAAGUCGAAGCCGAGUGAUCUUUACAAAUGCGUAUAUUCGUUUCUGCUGGAGAACAAGUUUACGAAGGCGGCUCAACAGUUUAUGAAACAGACGAAAGUGACUCAACAAGAUCAAAAUGACGAGAGCCUCGUCAACAUCUACAACUUCUGGGUGAAAUCGCCUGAAGCCAAGAAACGAAAGUCUCCUCCUAACAAGGGUAAAGCUAACAAUGGCCCGUCAGCGAAGAAAGCAAAAACCAGCGCAGAGAGCUCCAGCAGCGAAGAGUCAAGCAGCGAGGAUGAAAAGGCCAUCGCCAAACCAACCAAGGCAACCCCUGCAGUAGCCACGGCUGUGCCUGCUAAAGCAGCAGCUAAAGCUGCGUCGAGCAGCAGUGAAGACUCCAGUGACUCAGAAGAGGAGACGGCUCCUGCAAAGACGCCUGCAAAGGCUCCUGUGAAGUCGCCUGCAGCAGUAAGGAAGAAAGACAGCAGCUCUAGCAGUGAAGAAUCUGAUUCUGAGGACGAGCCGCCUGCCAAAGCCCCAACACCAAAACCCAAGGCUGGUGUUGUCACAGCACCCAAACCAACUGUUCCUGCUAAAGUUGCACCUCAGAAAAAGCAGACGAGCAGCAGUGAAGAUAGUUCCUCAGAUUCUGAAGAUGACAAACCAGCCACGGCUCCAGCCAAACCUCCCCCGGUAAAGACUGCUGCUGCACCGAGCAGUGAAGACUCUUCAUCUGAAGACGAGGCUCCGCCCAGCAAAAAAACUAAACCAGGAGCAUACAGUGCUGUCCCACCUCCUGCUUCGGCCCAGAAGGCACCAGCCAAAGUCACCCAAGCUGUCCCAUUAAAACUUGCCGUUGCUAAAGUCCCCCCUGCUAAAGAAGACUCCUCAGAGGAGGAUUCCAGUUCAGAGGAGGAGACGGCAAAAAAGCCUGCAACUAAACCUGCACUGACCAAGACUACCCCAGCAAAGAAAGACGAGUCCUCAAGCUCAGAAAGCAGUUCUGAAGAUGAGGCUCCAGCAAAACCUGCCGUUAAAUCUGCAGCCACACCAAAACCUGCUGCUCCCAAACCCCUAACAAAGGCAGCUGAGAGCAGCUCGGAUUCAGAGGACUCUGAGGAUGAACCGGUGAAAGCCAAGCCAGCAGCUAAACCUGCAGCAAAGCCUGCUACACCUGCAGCAAAGCCUGCAGAGAGCAGCUCAGACUCUGACUCUUCUGAAGAAGAACCAGCAGUCAAGGCUAAGCCUGCAGCUAAGCCUGCUACGUCCAAGUCUCCAGCUAAGCCUGCUACGCCCAAGUCUACAGCUAAGCCUGCUACGCCCAAGUCUGCAGCUAAGCCUGCUACUCCUGCAGAAAGCAGCUCAGACUCUGAUUCCUCUUCUGAAGAUGAAGCAGCAGUCAAGUCUAAACAUGGUAAGCCUGCAUUAAAGCCGGCUACUCCUGCAGCUAAACCUGCCACGCCUGCAUCAAAGCCUGCUGCUGCAGCAGAGAGCAGCUCAGACUCUGAUUCAUCUGAAGAUGAAGCAGCAGUCAAGGCUAAACCUGCAGUCAAGGCUAAACCUACAGUCAAGGCUAAAGCUGCAGCAGCUAAACUGGCUACACCUGCAUCAAAGCCUGCUGCAGCAGAGAGCAGCUCAGACUCUGAUUCAUCUGAAGAUGAAGCAGCAGUCAAGGCUAAACCUACAGUCAAGGCUAAACCUGCAGUCAAGGCUAAAGCUGCAGCAGCUAAACCGGCUACACCUGCAUCAAAGCCCGCUGCAGCAGAGAGCAGCUCAGACUCUGAUUCAUCUGAAGAUGAAGCAGCAGUCAAGGCUAAACCUACAGUCAAGGCUAAACCUACAGUCAAGGCUAAAGCUGCAGUCAAGGCUAAACCAGCAGAGAGCAGCUCAGACUCUGACUCUUCUGAAGAUGAAGAACCAGCAGUCAAGGCAAAGCCUGCUACUCCUACAGCAAAGCCUGCUGCAGCAGAGAGCAGCUCAGAUUCUGACUCGUCUGAAGAUGAAGAACCAGCAGUCAAGGCUAAACCGGCUACUCCUAAGCCUGCAGCAAAGCCUGCGACCCCUGCAGCAAAGCCUGCAGAUAGCAGCUCAGACUCUGAUUCUUCUUCUGAUGAUGAUGAAGCAGCAGUCAAGGCAAAACCUGCUACACCUGCAGCUAAACCUGCUGCUCCUGCAGCUAAACCUGCUGCUGCUCCUGCAGCAGAGAGCAGUUCAGACUCCUCAUCUGACGAUGAAGCAGCAGUCAAGGCUAAGCCUGUAGCAGCUAAGCCUGCUACGCCUAAGUCUGCAGCUAAGCCUACUACUCCUGCAGAGAGCAGCUCAGACUCAGACUCAUCUGACGAUGAAGCAGCAGUCAAGGCUAAACCUGUAGUAGCUAAACCUGCUACGCCUAAGUCUGCAGCAAAGCCUGCUACUCCUGCAGCAAAGCCUGCUGUUGAAGCAGAGAGCAGCUCAGACUCAUCUGACGAUGAAGCAGCAGUCAAGGCUAAGCCUGUAGCAGCUAAACCUGCUACGCCUGCAACAAAGCCUGCUACGCCUAAGUCUUCAGCUAAGCCUACUACUCCCGCAGCAGCAGAAAGCAGCUCCGACUCUGAUUCCUCUACUGAAGAUGAAGCCGCAGUCAAGUCUAAACCUGCUACUCUCGCAUCAAAGCCUGCUGCUGCAACAGAGAGCAGCUCAGACUCUGAGGACGAGGAAGUAUCGGUGAAAGUCAAGCCAGCAGCAGCUAAAUCUGCUACCCCAGUCAAAAAGCCUGCUGCCAAGCCUGGGGCAGACAGCAGUUCUGACUCUGACAGCUCAGACUCUGAAAAUGAGGCAGCCAAACCUGCAGUCAAGAAACAAGUAGUAGUGGCCCCUGCUGGCACGCCCAAAGCCACAAAGGCAGCUGCAGCUCCAACAAAGAAGGCUGCGGAUAGCAGCUCAGACAGCUCUGAUUCAGAGAUGGAGACCAAGGCCACCCCUGCUAAGCCUGCAGUCGCCAAUGGAAAGACGGUAACACCCAAGGCAGCGACUCCAAAGAAUCCAGCAGAGUCCUCAUCCAGUGACAGCAGCUCUGACGAAGAAGUGGCUAAAACUACUGUAAAACCCGCUACACAUGCUGCAGCACCUAAGACGACCCCUGCAUCUAAACCGCAGGAGAGCAGCAGCUCCUCAGAUGAGGAGGAAGCACCAAAAAAGGCAGCCACAGCACCCACCACCCCCACAACAAAUAGUACCAAUGGAAAGAGGAAAAGAGAUAAAGAAUCAACAGAAAGUGAAGAGGAAGAGACGGAAGUCAAGACACCGAAAACCAAGAAAACGACCACCACACCACAAACGUUUCCUAAAGCCAACAAGAAGACCGCCAAUUUACCAUUCCGUAGAAUAAGAGAAGAAGAAGUAGCAGUGGAUCCCCGGCUGCAAGACAACUCUUUUGAUGCAAAGUUUGGAGCCAGCGGGGACUGGGGCCAGAAAGCUAACGAUGUGCUCAGGUUCACAAAAGGCAAGUCAUUCCGCCAUGAAAAGACAAAGAAGAAGAGGGGAAGCUACUGCGGCGGCGCCAUCUCCACAACAAUCAACUCUAUUAAGUUUGACAGUGAUUAAGGACAGUCUCAAUCUGGUCCCUCCCACCUGAACGUUACUGUACCUGUGAUCAAGACUAUCCCUUGUCUGCGUCCUCCCCCUGUAAACGGUCCUCCAUCAUCACUAUCCAGCAGCAGCACACUGACAGGGAUGUGAGUCGCUGAGCAGGCACAUCAAUUUCGUUCGCUGCGCGUAGUUCAUCAUGGAUGCUGUUGGUUUAUUUCUCUGACCUGAAGCAACAGUUAGUGAAACUUUGGCUGCAAGAGAAGUGUCCCCAACUGUGAUUUCAAACUACUGCUAAAGGUUGACAUGCAUGUGACGUUACCACUUAUAGCCACUAGGUGGCUGCAGGCCACCUGUUCAUUGAAAGAACUCCCAUAUAUGUUGGGCCCUUUUUUCGUUUUGUGCUUCCUAUAACUUUGUUAAAUUGUACUCUUUUUUUUCUCCCUCAUUUGUCUGUAUGAAUGACAGCCAUGCAUCCCAUCGGGUUCUUUAUAAUAGUGUGUUAGGAAAAGGCUGGUAUUGAUUUUUAAUGGAUAACAGGAGUUCUACAAGUUUGUUUGGUUUGUCAACUUUUAUUUGGCCACAUUGAGUGGAGAGGGCUGUGGGCAGUUUUUUCCCCUCUUUACAUUACACACACAUUUGGAGUAGAACUGAAUUUUAUACUGUGUAUUUAUUAAGUUGUAUUCCAUUUAAUGUACCUCAGGUGGUCUUGUCCAUCCUUUUUUCAAGCCAUUUUACUUGGAAAUGUUCAUUUCUGUCAAACCCUCCCUAAUCUGUUCAUCAGUCGUAUCAAAUGUAGUAUUCACCAACGUAACAGCCAUGUAUGUUUCAAUUAUUUGAUUUUCCUGUAUGAACGUUUUGUUCAUGAACCUUUUAUUCUUGUAGCUGUAAUUAAAACCUGAACGUUUACUCUUUAA